CUGCAAUGAAGCUUCUACUACUGCUGCCUCUUGCUUUCUGCUGUCUUUCUCUAUCAAGGUGUGAAGAAAUUCUCGUCCCUUAUGACUACUCGGCAACAAUAGAGUGUCUAGAGAUUCCUUAUAAACCACAGUACAAUGGAGGGAUCAUCGUGAAUCCUGAUAUGCAAAAUGGUUCCCAAGGCUGGUCACAGUUCGAAAAUGCAAAAGUCAAUUUCAGAGAAUUUGGAGGCAAUAAGUUUGUUGUUGCCACACAGAGAAAUCAAUCUUCUGACAGCGUCUCACAGAAGGUUUACUUGGAAAAAGGAAUUCUCUACACAUUCUCUGCUUGGUUACAAGUAAGCACAGGAAAAGCUCCUGUGAGUGCCGUUUUCAAGAAGAAUGGUGAAUAUAAGCAUGCCGGUUCGGUUGUUGCUGAAUCCAAAUGUUGGUCCAUGCUGAAAGGUGGCCUCACUGUUGAUGAAUCUGGUCCUGCUGAACUCUUCGUCGAGAGCGAGGACACAACAGUUGAGAUUUGGGUUGAUAGUGUCUCUUUGCAACCAUUCACACAAGACGAAUGGAACGCUCACCAGGAGCAGAGCAUUGACAAUUCAAGAAAAGGUCCUGUCAGAAUCAGAGUCGUCAAUAACAAAGGCGAGAAGAUACCAAACGCAUCCAUUACCAUAGAACAGAAGCGACUCGGAUUCCCAUUCGGGAGCGCUGUAGCACAGAACAUACUUGGGAAUCAAGCAUACCAAAACUGGUUCACUCAAAGAUUCACCGUGACUACAUUCGAAAACGAGAUGAAAUGGUACAGCACAGAAUCUGUAAGAGGCAUAGAGAAUUACACAGUCGCGGACGCAAUGUUGAGAUUCUUCAACCAGCAUGGCAUUGCUGUACGUGGACACAAUGUUGUAUGGGACCACCCUAAGUAUCAAUCUAAAUGGGUUACUUCUCUGUCACGUAACGAUCUAUACAAUGCAGUAAAACGAAGGGUUUUCUCGGUGGUCUCGCGAUACAAAGGCCAGCUUGCCGGUUGGGAUGUUGUGAAUGAGAAUCUCCAUCACUCCUUCUUUGAGAGCAAGUUUGGUCCUAACGCCUCUAAUAACAUCUUCGCGAUGGCACAUGCCAUUGAUCCAAGCACAACAAUGUUUAUGAAUGAAUUCUAUACAUUAGAGGACCCUACAGAUCUGAAAGCGAGUCCAGCGAAGUAUUUGGAGAAGCUUAGGGAGCUUCAAUCUAUUCGGGUUCGCGGAAACAUUCCAUUGGGGAUCGGUCUUGAGUCUCAUUUCAGCACUCCUAACAUUCCGUAUAUGAGAUCAGCUCUUGAUACUCUUGGUGCCACUGGUUUGCCUAUUUGGCUCACUGAGAUCGACGUUAAAGCUCCUUCCAGUGAUCAGGCCAAGUAUUUUGAGCAAGUCCUAAGAGAGGGACAUGCGCAUCCGCAUGUGAAAGGAAUGGUGACGUGGACAGCUUAUGCACCAAAUUGCUACCACAUGUGCCUCACCGAUGGAAACUUCAAGAAUCUACCAACUGGAGAUGUUGUGGACAAGCUUAUACGUGAAUGGGGAGGGCUACGCAGCCAAACUACUGAAGUCACCGAUGCUGAUGGAUUCUUUGAAGCUUCACUCUUUCAUGGUGACUAUGAUCUCAAUAUUUCUCAUCCUCUCACCAAUUCAAGCGUUUCACACAACUUUACGUUGACUUCUGAUGACUCCUCUUUACAUACCCAACCAUCAACUUUUGUCUUUCGUGUUUGAGGCGCUAAGUUUACAACUACUUUAUGUAUAUGAGUAGUCUGAUUCUUAGUGAAAAGUUGUGGCAGAUAUAUAGUCUGUUUUGAAUUAUACUUGUGUGAGAGGUAACUUUCGUGAGCAUCUUUGGGUUGGUUUCCU